AUGAAUAAUGAAUACACAGAUGACGGAUAUAUGGAAAAUGAAUAUGAUAAGUACGUAGAGUACGCUGAUACAGAACAGUAUGAAAGUCCUAACCAGUCACAGUACUAUGAUUAUGGCACAGAUUCCCAGUAUCAGUACCAGGAGCAGGAACAAAGUAAUUUAGAGGCCAUUCGAACUCGUUUAGCAAUGGCUUUGUCAAGCAAGAGUGCAUUUCUACAGAGUGCCAAGUCUUCAUUUGUUCAGUUUGAUGAAGAAAAAAAAGGCAGACUUAAUUAUGCAGAAACAAGGCGUUUGCUUGAGAGAUUAGCAAUAAAUUUAGAACUUCCUCCAAUAGAUGAUAAAAUGCUUAAAACCAUAUUUGGUAAGUAUGAUGUAGCGAAGAAAGGUUAUUUAAAUUUUGAGCAAUUUGCAAAAUUCUUUUGGCAUUUAUUAAAUAGUAUAAGAGAAAAGUACUACCCAGAGAAAUCAAUUCUGGUUACCCGUGACCAAUUUGUUCGUAGGACUUCUUUGAAAAGAGCUGACGAUAUAGAAAGUAUAUUUAGCUUUGAUAAGAAAAUUGGAGAGGGAUCUUUUGGAAAAGUUUUUUUGGUUAAAGAACGUUGUAGUGGAUUAACAAGAGUAUGCAAGAUGAUUAAUAGGUCUCUCUCAAAUAUGACCCUGGAGCAAAUAGAGGCAGAAGUCGCAGUUUUGAAAAGUUUAGAUCAUCCAAACAUUAUUAAAAUUUUUGAGGUGUACGAAGACAAUGAAAAUAUGUACAUUAUCAUGGAGAAUUGUGGAGGAGGAGAACUUUUUGAGCGUAUACAUGAAGCAGUAUCUAAAGGUUUUAGACUUAGUGAAAGAUAUGUAGCACAUGUAAUGAGGCAGAUAAUGGGAGCUUUGGCAUAUUUUCACUCAAGGAACAUUGUACACAAAGACUUAAAGCCAGAAAAUAUCUUAAUGCAAGAGAAGUCACAUCAUUCUUCAAUUAAAAUUAUUGAUUUUGGAUUAGCAGAAAUUUUCAAAUCGGUUGAUGACCAUAGUAGUCAUGCAGCUGGUACCGUUUUGUAUAUGGCGCCAGAAGUCUUUUUACGUGAUAUUACAACCGAGUGUGAUGUUUGGAGUGCAGGAGUUGUAAUGUAUUUUCUUUUAGCAGGAACUCUUCCAUUCACAGGAAAGAGCAUAAAAGAGGUGCGAAAUAAUGUUUUAAACACUGAGCCAAAGUAUGAUGAAGAUUGUGUACAUAUUACUCCAGAAGGAAUCAAUUUACUGCAGUUAAUGCUUCAAAAAGAUCCUGCUCAAAGGCCAACAGCAAGAGAAGUACUUUCACAUCCUUGGUUCAGAUAUUCAAAGUCCAAUAAUGAACCAAUUUGUAUUAACAAUAGGCUACUUCAUAACUUAAAGAGUUAUAUGAAACAAAAUCAGCUAAAACAUGCAUUGGUGAAUAUGAUGGCACAUCAGUUAAACGUAACUGGCCCUCAAAUUAAGCAGAUCACAAAGACAUUCAAACUACUAGACCAAGAUGGAAACGGAGUUCUUACACCUGAAGAACUUGUUUCAGGUCUGCAGUCAGCUGGAGUUCCGCAGUGGGAUAUUAAUCGAAUUGUUCAGUCAAUGGACGUUGAUGAUACUGGAUUUAUUAGUUAUACUGAAUUUUUGGCAGCCUGCUAUGAGUGGAGAGAUAGUGAACUUGGUGCUAUUAAAGCGGCAUUCAAUAAGAUGGACAUUGAUGGAGAUGGAAAGCUGUCCGUGGAUGAAUUUGAAAAAGUGCUUUGUAGUGGCGAUCAGAAACUUCUUGCUCACAAAGACUGGGAUGGUAUUAUUAAGGCUGCUGAUACAAAUGGGGAUGGGGUUGUGGAUUGGAAUGAGUUCUUGAAUUACAUGAUUAACUAA